UGCACUGUAGGAACUCGUUUCCCCCGGAACCUCUCAGCGUAUCAUUGUUGUAGGUCGGGCUGUUUUUAAAUCACCGGAAAAGCAGUUUGUGGAGCGGCGGGCGGUGUUAGGCCCGGUCGCUGGGCGGAAUGGCGAUAAGGUGACCGUAGGCGGGUGGCCGGACUGCGAUAGAGAAGGGACCCAUGAGGUUACCUCUGUGAACUCUGCCGGCCGCGUUGUCCCAAAUUUCAGCCACGAUGUCUGGCAUCAUGCUGCAGCAGUUUGCCAACGGCCUAAGAAACCGAAGUGAAGAGACUCGCACCAAGGCAGCCAAGGAUCUUCAACACUACGUCACCACCGAGCUGCGAGAAGUGAGCCAGGAGGAUGCCACAACGUUCUAUGAUGAGCUCAAUCAUUUCAUUUUUGAGUUUGUUUCCAGCUCGGACGUGAGUGAGAGGAAAGGAGGGAUAUUGGCAAUAGUCAGCCUGAUUGGAGUCGAAGGGGGAAAUGCCACCCGAAUCAGCAGAUUUGCCAACUACCUACGGAACCUUCUGCCCUCCAGCGACACCGGUGUCAUGGAAAUGGCUUCCAAAGCCAUGGGGCGCCUUGCUAUGGCCGGAGACACAUUCACUGCAGAAUAUGUGGAGUUUGAGGUGAAACGUGCCCUGGAGUGGCUAGGAACUGACCGCAAUGAAGGACGUAGACAUGCCGCGGUGCUUGUAUUAAAGGAAUUGGCUGUCAGCGCACCCACAUUUUUCUUCCAGCAAGUGCAGCCUUUCUUUGACAACAUCUUCAAUGGCGUAUGGGAUCCAAAACAGGCGAUCCGAGAGGGAGCGGUGGCAGCCCUGAGAGCCUGCCUGAUUCUAACUACACAGCGUGAACCUAAGGAGCUCCAGAAACCCCAGUGGUACCGGCAAACAUUCAUAGAAGCAGAGCGAGGAUUUGAUGAGUCCCUGUCUAAGGAAAAGGGGAUGAACAAAGAUGAUCGGCUCCAUGGAGCACUGCUGAUUAUUAAUGAGUUAGUGCGGAUCAGCAGCAUGGAAGGCGAGCGUCUGAGAGAGGAGAUGGAAGAGAUCACUCAGCAGCAGCUGGUCCAUGACAAGCAUUGUAAAGACCUGAUGUCCUAUGGCCUCAAACCCCGACACAUCACCCCAUUUGCCAGCUCCCAGUCAGUUCAGCCACAGCCUUCCAAUGCAUUAUUGGGCCUUUUAGGAUACACAGGCCAGCAGGGAAUUCUAGGAUAUGGAACGGCCCCCAUGCCUGACAAGUCUAUGCUGGUGGAAAGCCGUGCCUGCCGUGAGCUUGUAGAGGAAAAGUUUGAUCAGAUAUGUCGGUGGGUCUUAAAAUGUAGAAGCAGUAAGAACCCUUUAAUCCAGUUGACCAUUCUAAGUGUCCUUCCCCGUCUUGCAGCAUUCAAGCCUUGUGCGUUUACAGAUCUGUACCUUCAGGACACCAUGACCCAUUUGUUGAGCUGUGUGCGCAAGGAGAAGGAGCGCACUCUGUGCUUUCUAGCUCUCGGACUCAUCUCUGUCGCUGUGAGGUCAGAGAUUCGUUGUUACCUGCCCAAAAUUCUGGAGCACGUUAAGACUGCCUUACCACCUAAGGACUUCGCUCACAAGAGGCAAAAGACUAUGCAAGUGGAUGCCACAGUGUUUACCUGCAUCAGCAUGCUGGCACGAGCCAUGGGGCCCGCCAUUCAACAGGAUAUUAAGGAACUUCUGGAGCCCAUGUUGUCUGUGGGGCUGAGCCCUGCACUGACAGCCGUGCUGUAUGACCUAAGUCGUCACAUCCCGCAGCUGAAGAAGGACAUUCAGGACGGCCUGCUGAAAAUGCUUUCACUGGUUCUUAUGCACAAACCUCUCCGCCACCCAGGAAUGCCCAAAGGCCUGGCACAGCAACUCUCUUCUCCGAGUCUCACCAAUAUUCCUGAAGUUAGUGACGUGGGCAGCAUAACCCUUGCUCUCCGCACCUUGGGAACAUUUGAGUUUGAAGGUCACUCGCUGACACAGUUUGUGCGUCACUGUGCUGAUCAUUUCCUAAACAGCGAGCACAAGGAGAUCCGAAUGGAAGCUGCUCGUACCUGCUCCCGGCUUCUGACCCCCUCUAUCCAGCUGCUGAGUGGACACGGACACGUGAGUCAGACUGCAGUGCAAGUUGUGGCUGAUGUUCUUAGCAAACUGCUUGUGGUCGGAAUUACAGACCCAGGUAACUCUAGACGCUAUGACCCCGAUAUCCGAUACUGCGUCCUGGCAUCAUUAGACGAACGCUUCGAUACACAUCUAGCUCAGGCGGAGAACCUUCAGGCCUUGUUUGUGGCUCUGAAUGACGAGGUGUUUGAGAUCCGGGAGUUGGCCAUCUGUACGAUUGGUCGUCUCAGCAGCAUGAAUCCUGCCUUUGUCAUGCCAUUCCUGCGCAAGAUGCUCAUCCAGAUUCUGACAGAGCUGGAGCACAGUGGCGUUGGGAGGAACAAGGAACAAAGCGCUCGUAUGUUAGGCCACCUUGUGUCUAACGCACCCCGACUGAUACGCCCUUACAUGGAGCCAAUACUGAAGGCUCUGAUUUCCAAACUCCGAGACCCAGAUCCUAACCCUGCCGUGGUGACCAAUGUUUUGGCAACAAUUGGAGAGCUUGCCCAGGUCAGUGGACUGGAGAUGAGAAAGUGGAUGGAUGAGUUAUUCCCAAUUAUUAUGGAUAUGUUGCAGGAUUCAUCUCUGCUGGCUAAGAGACAGGUGGCGCUGUGGACUCUGGGCCAGCUGGUAGCCAGCACAGGGUAUGUGGUAGAGCCAUAUCGGAAGUAUCCAUCUUUGCUGGAGGUUCUGCUUAAUUUCCUGAAGACGGAGCAGAACCAGGGUAUCCGCCGAGAAGCUAUCCGGGUGCUGGGCCUAUUGGGUGCUCUGGACCCAUACAAGCACAAAGUGAACAUUGGAAUGAUUGACCAAUCUCGAGAUGCUUCAGCCCUCAGUAUGUCCGAAACUAAAACCAACCCGGAUUCUGCUGAUUGCAGUACCAGCGAGAUGCUGGUGAAUAUGGGCAAUCUUCCUCUAGAUGAGUUCUAUCCAGCUGUGUCUGUGGUCACCCUAAUGCGGAUCCUGAGAGAUCAGUCUCUGUCUAACCAUCACACCAUGGUGGUUCAAGCCAUUACCUUCAUCUUCAAGUCUCUUGGCCUGAAAUGUGUCCAGUUUCUACCCCAAGUGAUGCCAACCUUCCUGAGCGUUAUUCGCCUGUGUGACAACAACGUGCGGGAGGUGUGUAUCCUCACAGUCCUUACGAGGACAGGAUUAAUGUCGCCACAGUUCAUGUUCCAGCAGUUGGGGAUGUUGGUCUCCUUUGUCCGGAGCCAUAUCCGCCCUUACAUGGAUGAGAUCUUCUCCUUGAUAAAAGAUUACUGGACCAUGAACAAUCCCAUCCAGAGCACCAUCAUCUUACUCAUUGAGCAGAUUGUACUGGCACUGGGAGGAGAGUUUAAGUUGUACCUGCCUCAACUUAUUCCACACAUUCUUCGAGUAUUCAUGCAUGACAGCAGUGCCGGGCGAGCGGUAGUUAUUAAGCUUCUGAAUGCUAUCCAGAUGUUUGGAGCCAAUCUAGAUGAUUACUUGCAUCUCUUGUUGCCACCCAUUGUGAAGCUCUUUGAUGCAACAGACGCACCAUUAGCAGCACGAAAGGCGGCCCUGGAGACUGUGGAUCGACUGACGGAAUCGCUGGAUUUUACAGAUUAUGCCUCCCGAAUAAUUCACCCCAUCGUCCGUACGUUGGACAGCAGCCCCGAGUUGAGAACGGCUGCCAUGGACACGCUUUCCUCCCUGGUGUUUCAGCUGGGAAAGAAGUAUCAAAUAUUCAUUCCAAUGGUGAAUAAAGUGCUGGUGAAACACAGAAUUUUACACCAACGUUACGAAGUUCUGACAUGCAGGAUAUUGAAGGGGUACACUCUGGCUGAUGAAGAAGAGGAUCCUUUGAUUUACCAACAUCGGACCUUUAAGGUGAACCAGGGCGAGUUGUUUGUCGGUGGCCCCUUGGAUGCUGGACCAAUGAAGAAGCUGCAUGUUAGCACAACCAACUUGCAGAAGGCUUGGGGUGCGGCCCGCAGGGUCUCCAAAGAUGACUGGUUGGAGUGGUUGAGACGAUUGAGCGUGGAGCUGCUUAAGGAUUCCUCUUCGCCUGCCCUCCGGUCCUGCUGGUCGUUGGCCCAGGCAUACAAUCCCCUGGCCAGAGAUCUCUUUAACGCGGCCUUCCUUUCCUGCUGGUCGGAGCUGAAUGAGGAUCACCAAGAUGAGCUCAUCCGCAGUAUAGAGAUGGCCCUGACCUCCCAGGAUAUCGCUGAAGUCACUCAGACUCUGCUGAAUCUGGCUGAGUUUAUGGAGCACAGUGACAAGGGUCCCUUGCCGCUGCGAGAUGACAAUGGCGUGGUCCUGUUAGGAGAGCGAGCUUCUAAAUGUCGAGCUUACGCCAAGGCUCUCCAUUACAAGGAACUGGAAUUUCAGAAGGGACCCACACCGGCCAUAUUGGAGUCUCUGAUCAGCAUUAACAAUAAGCUCCAGCAGCCGGAGGCAGCGUCCGGGGUCUUAGAGUUUGCUAUGAAGCAUUAUGGGGAAAUGCACGAUCUCCCAAAAGGAUUUUGGCUUCCUCAGGAGAUCCAGGCUACCUGGUACGAGAAGCUCCACGAGUGGGAGGAUGCCCUGGUGGCCUACGAGAAGAAACUGGAGGUGAACAAGGAUGAUUCUGACUUGAUUUUGGGGCGCAUGCGAUGUCUGGAGGCCCUGGGAGAAUGGGGGCAGCUCCAUCAACAGUGUUGCGACAACUGGACCAGCGUCAACGAGGAUGCCCGUGCCAAGAUGGCGAGGAUGGCAGCAGCCGCAGCAUGGGGAUUAGAGAACUGGGAUAGUAUGGAGGAGUACACAUGCUUAAUCCCGCGAGAUACCCAUGACGGGGCUUUUUACAGAGCUGUGCUGGCCCUACACCAGGAUCUCUUUUCUCUCGCCCAACAGGUACGCGGCCCCUUACUUCAAGAGAUUGUCCGUUGUAUUGACAAAGCCAGAGACAUGCUGGAUGCAGAACUGACGGCCAUGGCUGGAGAGAGCUACAGCCGAGCCUACGGGGCCAUGGUCACCUGUCAGAUGCUGUCCGAGCUGGAGGAAGUGAUCCAGUAUAAGCUGGUGCCAGAGCGGAGGGAAAUAAUUCGUCAGACCUGGUGGGAUCGAUUACAGGGCUGUCAGAGAAUUGUGGAAGACUGGCAGAAGAUCCUGAUGGUCCAGUCCCUGGUGGUCGGCCCCCAUGAGGACAUGAGGACGUGGUUGAAGUACGCCAGCCUGUGCGGCAAGAGCGGACGUCUGGCUCUGUCUCAUAAGACUUUAGUGAUGCUGCUUGGCGUGGACCCAGCGCUGCAGAGUGACCAGCCCUUACCCACCGCUCACCCUCAGGUCACCUAUGCCUACAUGAAGUACAUGUGGAAGAGCACGCGAAAGGCCCCUCGUGCAACGCAGAUCGAAGCCUUCCAACAUAUGCAGAAGUUUGUGAGCAACGUACAAAUCCAGGCCCAGCACGUCGCCGAUGACCUUCAGCAAAAACAGGAACUGCAGAAGCUCAUGGCCCGGUGUUACCUGAAACUGGGUGAAUGGCAGCUGAACUUGCAGGGCAUUAAUGAAGUUACAAUCCCCAACGUUCUGGAGUAUUACAAUGCCGCUACAGAGCAUGACACCACCUGGUACAAGGCCUGGCAUGCCUGGGCGGUCAUGAAUUUUGAGGCUGUACUACAUUUCAAGCAUCAUCUCCACCCACGCGAAGAGAAGAAGAAGGUUCGUCACCCAAGCAAUGCCAGCGCCAACACUGAGGGCAGCGAGAGUGAGAGCGAAGGCGAGAGCGUUGAGAACAGCCCAGUACCGUCACCAGUGCAAAAGAAACCAUCUGAGGACCUCUCUCACACUCUGCUGCAGUAUACAGUCCCAGCCGUGCAAGGAUUCUUCCGCUCCAUCUCCCUGUCCCGGGGGAACAACCUGCAGGACACUCUGAGAGUUCUCACGCUUUGGUUUGACUACGGUCACUGGCCGGAUGUGAAUGACUCCCUAGUGGAAGGCAUCAAAACCAUCCAGAUCGACACCUGGCUGCAGGUUAUUCCACAGCUCAUUGCCAGAAUAGACACUCCUAGGCCCCUGGUCGGUCGGUUGAUCCACCAGUUGCUGACAGAUAUUGGAAGAUAUCACCCACAGGCUCUCAUCUAUCCUCUUACCGUGGCCUCCAAAUCGACAACCACAGCACGCCACAACGCGGCCAAUAAGAUCCUGAAGAACAUGUGUGAGCACAGCAAUACGCUUGUACAGCAGGCCGUGAUGGUAAGUGAGGAGCUGAUCCGCGUGGCCAUUCUCUGGCACGAGAUGUGGCAUGAAGGCCUGGAGGAGGCAUCACGCUUGUACUUUGGUGAGAGGAACGUGAAGGGGAUGUUUGCUGUGCUCGACCCUCUUCAUGCCAUGAUGGAAAGGGGACCUCAGACCCUGAAGGAGACGUCUUUCAAUCAGGCCUAUGGGAGAGAUCUGAUGGAAGCUCAGGAUUGGUGUCGAAAGUACAUGAAAUCUGGAAAUGUGAAAGAUCUGACCCAGGCCUGGGAUCUGUAUUAUCACGUCUUCAGAAGAAUCUCCAAGCAGCUUCCACAGCUAACUUCCCUGGAGCUUCAAUACGUCUCACCCAAGCUGCUCAUGUGCCGAGAUCUGGAGCUAGCUGUGCCAGGAACAUAUGACCCCAAUCAACCAAUAAUACGUAUCCAGUCUAUAGCGCCUUCCCUGCAAGUCAUCACCUCCAAGCAGAGGCCAAGGAAACUGACACUAAUGGGAAGCAACGGCCAUGAAUUCAUGUUUCUGCUGAAGGGGCACGAGGACCUGCGCCAGGAUGAGAGAGUGAUGCAACUUUUUGGUCUUGUGAACACACUGUUGGCAAAUGAUCCGGCAUCUCUGCGGAAAAAUCUCAGCAUCCAGAGAUAUGCGGUCAUCCCUCUGUCUACAAACUCGGGUCUCAUUGGUUGGGUUCCGCACUGCGACACCCUGCAUGCUCUGAUCCGAGACUAUCGAGAGAAAAAGAAGAUACUGUUGAACAUAGAACACCGCAUCAUGCUGAGGAUGGCACCGGAUUAUGACCAUCUGACCCUCAUGCAGAAGGUGGAGGUGUUUGAACAUGCUGUGAAUAAUACUGCCGGGGAUGAUCUUGCCAAGCUGCUCUGGUUAAAAAGCCCUAGCUCAGAGGUCUGGUUUGACAGAAGAACAAAUUACACCCGCUCUUUGGCAGUGAUGUCCAUGGUGGGGUACAUACUUGGGCUUGGUGACAGACAUCCUUCCAACUUGAUGCUGGACCGGCUGAGUGGGAAGAUUCUACAUAUUGAUUUUGGGGACUGUUUCGAGGUGGCCAUGACCAGGGAGAAGUUCCCAGAGAAGAUCCCUUUCCGACUAACGAGAAUGCUGACCAAUGCUAUGGAGGUAACUGGUCUGGAUGGUAACUACCGCAUCACCUGCCAUACAGUAAUGGAGGUCCUACGAGAACACAAAGACAGCGUCAUGGCAGUUCUGGAGGCCUUCGUGUAUGAUCCACUCCUCAACUGGAGACUGAUGGACACCGCCAUAAAAGGCAACAAGCGCUCCUGUACGCGGACAGAUUCCUAUUCUGCCGGGCAGUCUGUAGAAAUGCUGGAGACAGCGGAGCUCGGAGAGACCACGGCACAUAAGAAGCCAGGGAGCACCGUGCCCGAGUCUGUACAUACUUAUAUUGGUGAUGGCUUGGUUCAACCAGAAGCUCUGAAUAAAAAAGCCAUCCAGAUUAUUAAUAGAGUCCGAGAUAAGCUAACAGGUAGCGUGUGCCAAUUUAUCGAAACAGGGCGAGACUUUUUAAAUGAAGAAACUUUGGAUGUGGCCACACAAGUUGAGCUGCUGAUUAAACAAGCCACGUCACACGAGAACCUUUGUCAGUGUUAUAUUGGAUGGUGUCCGUUCUGGUAAAAAGACGCUUGUUGCCGUUUCCGCAAAUGUCUGAAGAUGCUGUUUGAUGCGUCACCAGUGAUGGAGAGGCGUAAUUGAUUUUUAUCCACAUCAGACUGCAACAAGCUCCUGCUGAAUGACUUUGGGAUGGAGCGGACUUGUGUAUAUAGACUUUAAGCAUUAUACCAUUCUCAAUCAUGGCCACAAGUGGCAGAGGCCACGCAUUGUGCCUGGCCGUAUAAUGCAGGCUCGUGUCUUCUCUGUCCGCCGAAAAACAGCAACUGUCCAACCCCAACUUUAAAUCAAGUGGACGCUGAGGAUGUGUGGACACGUGGGUCUCCAGAGGUUGUGUAGCUGUGAAGAAAAAAUAAAAAUUAUGAUGGUCGAUAAAGAAAAUGUAUAUGUGAUGAUAAACUGCUUCGUUGCGGGUUUAUAUAU